UUGACUCUCUGGCAGCACAUGUGAGAUCUUAAAGGAAGGUAGAAGCACGUUUCUAGUUAGUUUGGGUUAGUUUUGUGUGGUUUGUACCAGCUAAAUUUCGAUCGAGUGAGCCUACUCGGAGUUUUAUUCUUUAUUUUGAAAGGUUACGGAGCACACAGAAAGAGCGCGAAUUGCUUUGUCUGUUGGUUUUAUCUGUCCGUGCAGAGCGACAGGCCCAGAGAACACACACUGGUGUGAAGUCUGUAACGAGAGUUAGUCAUAAACAACUUCUGAUCAAACCUUUGUGUUAGAGCAAAUAGCCGAUAUGACGUCAUUAGCCCAGCAGCUGAAGCGGCUCGCGCUGCCGCAGAACGAUCCAGAUGUGUUUAACCGGAGAGAGCUGGCCUCGGUUCUGUUCCAGCCCAGAGAUGCUGCCAGCAUGGACAGGAGCGCCUUCUAUGCCCUGGGUUGCACAGGGCUCGAUGAGCUGCUUGGAAUCGAGUCAGCCUUCGCAGAGUUUCAGGAAACCCUCUUUAGCCAGGCUUCCUCAACCCUCGAGCGGAGCGUGCAGUCCAAGGAGGUGAACCAAAAGUUAGACAAAGACAUCUCUCUGUUUCUCACCCGUCUCUCCCCAUACUUCCUGCUCAAGCCUGCGCUGAAGUGUCUGGAGUGGCUCGUACACAGGUUCCAUAUCCACUUAUAUAACCAGGACAGUCUGAUUGCUUGCGUGUUGCCAUAUCACGAGACCAAAGUGUUUGUUCGAGUCAUUCAGCUUUUUAAGAUCGAGGAUCCCACACACAGGUGGCACUGGCUGCAUACACUCCAGAAACCUGGAGUUCCUUUGGCAAGAGGGACUCUCCUGACUCACUGCUAUAAAGAUCUGGGUUUUAUGGAUUUUAUCUGCACCUUGGUGACAAAGUCAGUUAAGGCUUUUUCGCAGUUUGUUCAUGAAGGUAAAUGCGCCCAGCUGCGAGUGAUUUUCUCUUUCUAUACGGCGACCAUCGUUCCCACUCUGGAAUCGGUGGAGAAAGUCACAGAUUCUGUUGUAGCCAAGUUGCUUCCUUAUUUGCAGCUGGGCCUGAAAUCGGAGCUGUUAGACUACAAAGCUGCCACCUACAUGAUUGUGUGUCAGCUUGCGGUGAAGGUAGUGAUGGAGCUUGAGCUCCUGGACUCACUGGUACGGCAGGUGAGCAGGUCAAUGGCUAGUGCUCUGGCGCUGACUUUCGAGGGCUUAUCAUGCCUCAUCAUCCUCCUGCAAAACCAAAAGGAAAGUGUCAUUGGAGAAAAAACAUUUAAGUACCUCUGUCAAGUUCCCUCUUUGGUGCCCACCCUGCAGUGUAUAGCAACCUCCUAUGAUAUCAGUCCCUUGCUGCACUACUUCCUGCCAAAGCUCACUAACAUGGCCAUCAUGCAUAAUGAUGAGUUGUGUGUUGAGGACUCAAACAGCACUUCAAACUGCCGACUUCUUGAGUCCAUCAUCGAGACCCUCCCUUUAAGCACCGGCUUGGCGAGCACUGUUGCGCGGAUACUUCUCAAAGAGUAUGUGUGCUGUGGUACAGAGCUGCCCCCAGAUCGACUUUUGACUUAUAAUCAGAGGAUCCAACCGAUCGUUCGACUCUUUGAGCACAAGUAUCCUCGUGCACUGGAUGCUGUUCUGGUUGCUUCUGUGGGUGAGAUGUGUUCAAAUCAGCAGAAGAAGCUCCUCCAUCAGUUCCUCAGUCUUACCAUGUGCUGUGGCAAGCACCAGGUUCUGGCAAACUCUGACACCUCUCUGGUGCUCAGCCUGAAGCACCCCGUGUCAGCUGUCAGGAGCAUGGCUGUAGAAUAUGUGAAGGAGAUUCUCACCUCUGGCCAGGAGGGCUUCGAUGAAGCAUUCCUGAAGGAUGCAUUGCUUGAGAGGUUGAAGGAUGACGUGCCGGAUGUUGUGCUGUCAGCUCUCUCAGCACUGCGGCUGUAUCUUAACCGUAUGCAUGCAGAGGACACAGUCUCUGGUUUGAUUUCUAUCCUCUAUCGGGUACCACCGUCCGACAUCGAUUCCUGGUAUCCCGUGUUAAAUGAUACGAUUCGACUUCUUGAUGAUCUGCUCGUCAGCCCUGACCUGAGAGCGCAAAUUAGCUGGGAGCUGCUUCCGUUUUUGCUAAUAACAAAUCCAGGACCGAAGUCAGCAGAGCUGAAGAUUGCAGUGUGUGUGGCUGAGACAACUGUACUCUCCCAGCAUCCUCUCACCCAGGGCUGGGCCAGUGUGUUGCAGGGUGUGCUAGAGAAGACUCACUUGGCAGAUGUUACCCGAGUGGCUAACCAGAUGCUCAUCAGUACUCUGACAGAAAACCUGGCCAGCAUGGAGCCGUCCACUAAGCGCAGCACUAUUGAGAGUGUGUGCUCACUGCUGGCCAAGCAGGGUGCGGGAGUGAGAGAAAGGGCAGCGUUCAUGGUGUUGAGCUGCGCUCUUCUACACACUCUGGCGUCUCUGAACGAGAGCGCACACCUCCACACAGCUCAGACGCUUUUCAGCCUGCUCGAGCCCUCACUAAGAAAGCUCCACACGCUACAGAAUGAGAAGGUGUAUGACGCCCAGGAUAAUACAUCUCUGCCCAUGUACGAGGUUCUGGCAGGCUUCAUGCUCAAGCUGCACUCUGGACAAAAUUCAGAACAGGAAUAUAGCUUGCUGCUCCUUUCUCUCCUCAGAUACUUUAUUAACAACCUCAAGUGUCCUGAGUCUACAUUUAAAGGUGAACUCUGGUGGAAUCCAGAAAAGCUGGACAUGAACACCUGCUGCUACCUACAGGUGCUGUGCCAUCUGUUUGACACGGUGGUGUCAGGGGCUAGUCAGGGACCCCUGGCGUCCUCUUUCAGAGCUCUCUUGCAUACUUUACUACAGGUUCAUUUAAGCGACCCAGAGUACCUCUUUAAGUUUCUGUCCCUGCUCUGGAGCUACAGCAAUAACCUGAGUGACCAGUUAGAGUUCCGUAUGACCGCACUGCUGCAGACUCGGGCACUGUAUGUGGGAAAAGCACUCCUUACUGCCCUCCCUUUGAAAAAGCUUACUGUUGUUGUCUCAUCCUCAUCACCUGUGGUGCCGUCUCUCUUGGGGUGUCUUAGUUCUGGGAUAAGGGAGGUGAGAAGGGCGGCAGUAGCGGUGUUGCAGCCCUUAGCAGGAGUCACCACCUCUCCAUACCACUCGUUAUUAGAGAAGCUGCUUUUAUCAGCUGAGGAACUUGUGGCUGAUCCAGCCUACCUCACUCAGGUGCUGUCUAGGCUUCAUGAGGAAGCUGUUUCUGUGACAGCAAAGCGCAGAAACAAGUUGCUCCUAGCUAUAGAGCACCUUCUCCACUGUGUGAGGUCUCCUGACUGCCCCAGCCACAUGGCCAAAGUGUUGCUGCGAGCGCUGCAGGAUGUCAACGGAGAGUCGGUUUUGGCCAUUCUGCUUCCAGCGAUGGAGCGUUUGCUGGAGCAGUUUGCACCAGAUACUCCGGUUUUUCUGCCAGAUGAGGCUCUAUUCCUUCAGCUGCUCCUGGGCAAGUACACUGAGGCAUCUGCCCCACUGCUGUCUCAAGAUGCUAAGAGCCUGGAGCUCUUUAUUACUGCGCUGGGGACUUCCUCUAAACCCUACUCACAUAUGGACAGUUUCCAAAUCAUUGCCAUGGAGCAGAUCACUAAAUCUUUCUUUGCGGCCCUGGGAGAUGAGACCAUUCAGCAAAGGAUACUGGGAGUACUGUUCGACCUGAUGGUGGACAAUAAAAACCCAAAUUGCUCCCAGUCUAUCAAUAGUGUCUUCAAAGGGAUUGCCGUGGAUGCAGAGCUAGUGGCUAAUGAACUGACCCCCAUGGACAGGCCUAAAGUGUCAGGAAGUGUGCAGCAGAGUCGUCGGAGCAAGGUGCAGCCCAAGAAAGCACAGGAUGCCUCUGAAAACAGUGGAGCAGUGUCCUGGCCGAGGGUCACCUUUAUUUUGGAACUUCUACAGCACAAGAAGAAGAUAAAAAGGCCUCAGAUGUUGGUGCCAGCUCUUUUUAAUCUUCUCUCAAGGUGUUUGGAUGUGUCAGUGGAGGAGGAGAAUAUGGAGUACACAAAACAGCUUCUCCUAAGUGUUCUCCUCAACGUCUGCCAGAAGCUCUCCCCACAGGGUGGACCCAUUAGCAAGGACAUUCUGGAUGAGGAUAAAUUCAGUGUGGAGUUAGUGGUUCAGUGUGUAAGGACAUCUAACACGCCUCAAACACACCACCAUGCGCUCCUGCUGCUGGGUACCGUCGCUGGAAUAUUCCCACAAAAAGUUCUGCACAACAUUAUGCCAAUCUUCACCUUUAUGGGGGCCAACAUCAUGCGACUUGACGAUGCAUACAGCUUCCAGAUCAUCAACAGGACUGUGCAAAUGGUCAUCCCUGCCCUCAUCCAUGCUCAUGAUGGCACAAGUACUCAUCCAGAGGGCCAGAUGCAGGCUGUGGUGACACAAAUCAUGCACGUUUUUGUUGAUGCUCUCCCACACGUGCCUGAACACAGGCGUAUACCCAUCCUCACACAGUUGUUGGGAACACUGGGGCCUUCUAAUUUCCUCUGGGUCUUAAUGAUGCUCCUGUUCAAACAGCAUGCCACCAGCACUGCUAUCAGUAGCACAGGAGCGGAGAAGGAAGCAGCACUGGAGCAUGAUCAAGAGUUUUGGGUUUUACUGUUUUGUGAGUUUGAAGUUCGUGAGCAGCUCAUGUCUCUCAUAAAAAUUCUCCAGUUCCUCCUGAGUCUCCCAAAGGAGAAAGAGGAUGUUCCAGAAAGAAGACGGACAAGAUGUCAAAGACCUGAGGAGAGCGCAUUAGAUCUGGUUUUUAAUGUGGAGGCCCAAAGUGGCAAAGAGCUCAGACACUUUAAGUUUCUGUCUGUGUCAUUUAUGAGCCAGCUACUGGCCUCCAGCAGUUUUGUUGGAAAGGUGGCUGAUAGUGAGGAUUUAAGUGCAAGCUCUCUGCAGGAGCUUCAGCAGAGCCUGCUGGAAGAGAACCUGCGCUAUAUCCACAAUGUGGCUCAGUGUGUCGAAGAGAACGCAGACAAACCCACUGCCAAGUUUUGGAGAGCGUUGCUUACCAAGUCUUACGAUGUCUUGGAUAAGGUAAAUGCCCUGCUCCCAACUGAUACGUUCAUCAUGGUAGUGCGAGGGCUGUUGGGUAAUCAGCUGCCUUCAGUGAGGAGGAAGGCAAUGGAGCUUCUAAAUAACAGAUUGCAGCAAAGGACACCAUGGGAGGAACAGCAGGUGGCUGUGCUGCUGGAGCUCAUCGGCGACCUCUUGAGCAUUGUGGGCCGGGGUUGUGGCCAGAUGAAUGGACAUGAUGAUGAAGAAGAGCAAGCCAUUAACAGGCAGACCGCUCUCUACAGCCUGAAGCUGCUGUGCCGCAGUUUUGGCGUCCGCCAUCAGGAGGCAUUCUUACCAGUACUGAAUAGGACGGUGGAGUUGGUGGCAAACCCAGGAGAAGAGAGAAAUGUGAUGAGCAGCGCUCUGCUCUGUGUUGCUGAAGUCACUAGCACACUUAAGGCCCUUGCCAUUACCCAAGUGCACAGGUUAAUGCCAGCGGUUCUACAGUCCCUGAAGGAGCGUAAGGAUCUUUUCUCUACAGAGGUGUAUCUGUUGAGUGCAGUUACAGCCCUGCAGAAAACUGCAGAAACUUUGCCUCAUUUCAUCAGCCCUUACCUUGAGGACAUCAUAUCACAGGUCUCACGCCUGAAGCGGGUUUCUGAGCGUCUCUCCACUUGCCCUCAGCUAGCCCUUAGACUCUCCUCUCUGAGUUCCACUCUCGCAACAAAGGUGCCACCCAGGGUCUUAAUGUCCCCUGUGGCAAAGUGCUAUCACAGCAUGGUGGACUCUCAGCAGAGCCAUCUAUAUCCUCUUAUGAACAUCCUGAAAGAGCAUAUUGGUCAUAUGGAAAAAGAGCAACUCAACUUACACCAGUCAGAGCUCACCUCCUUCUUCUUGUCAGCUCUAGAUUUCCGGACCAAACACUGUCGGGGAGAUCUGCAAAAGACAGCUGAAAUCGAGGGAUGUGUGAUAGACUGUCUUCUCAUGAUGGUCAUGAAGCUUUCUGAGGUCACAUUCAGACCACUGUUUUUUAAGCUUUUUGACUGGAGUAAAACAGAAGGAGCACCUAAAGAUCGAAUGCUGACCUUCUGCAGGCUGGCUGAUUGCAUCGCAGACCGCCUGAAGGGAUUGUUUGUUCUGUUUGCUGGACAGCUGGUGAAACCGUUUUCAGACCUUCUCCGGCAACUCAAUACUGCUCAGACUGACGAGGCCUUCUUUGACUCUGAGGAUGAACACAACGAUGAUGUUUCAGUGCAAAAGAGCACCCUGUUGCUGCAAUACACUCUGGACUGUCUUCAUAAGAUUUUCCUUUAUGACACACAAAGAUUCCUUAGCAAAGAGAGAGCUGAGGCACUGCUUGUCCCCCUAGUGGAUCAGUUGGAAAACAUGUUGGGCGGAGAGCAGGUCUACCAGACGAGAGUCACCAAGCACUUGGUUCCAUGUGUAGCGCAGUUCUCUGUUGCCAUGGGUGAUGAUUCGCAGUGGAAAGUUCUCAACUACCAGAUCCUGCUAAAGACGCGCCAUAGCAGUCCCAAGGUACGCUUCUCUGCUUUACUGAUGUUGGUUGAGCUGGCAAGCAAACUAAAGGAGAACUAUAUGGUGCUUCUGCCGGAGAGCAUCCCGUUUCUGGCUGAGCUUAUGGAAGAUGAGUGUGAGGAAGUGGAACACCAGGUACAGAAGACUAUUCAGGAAAUGGAGUCAAUCCUGGGAGAAUCAUUACAGAGCUACUUCUAAUACCUGCUUUUGCCUCACUCUUUCUGUACUUUUGUACACUCUUUUGUACUUUUACUUUUACACACACAUCUGGCAACAAGUGACAUUUAAAUGUUUUGUUUUUCAAAGUUUAGCUAUGAAGCAGCAGUUCCAGAUGAUUGUCACCAAUAAAUUCGUCCAUCCAGUGCUAUAA